AGGAUUUGGUGGGCUUUCUAUUUUCUAAUGUCUUGUACCUAUGUUGUUAUACAUUUUGGCUUGUAUUGGAAACAUUUUCCUAUACCAUUCGUGAUAUGGGUCUCCGAUGCUAUAUCCAUUAUUGCUGGGUUUUUGUUUAAUUAUGUUGGGUUAUUUGGCAAGAGGCAAGAAGUUGAAGAUCCCCAUCUUUUGGAGUCUCUUUUGAAAAUUAGUUCUAGUCGAAGCAAUACUGAUGGCAGACAAGGACCAAGUGUCAGUGGAGAAAAUGUCACUUCUUAUGCAAAUGCCAAUCUUUUUAGUAUUUUUACUUUCUCUUGGAUGGGCCCUCUGCUCGCACUCGGGUAUAAAAAAACACUAGACCUUGAAGAUGUUCCUCAGCUUUCCAAUUGUGAUAGUGCCAAGGUGGUCUUUGCUUGCUUUAGAAAUAAUCUUGAAUCGGAUAGUAAUGGCAGUGAUAAUGGUGGUAACGUUACCACACUCAAGUUGGUUAAGGCAUUGAUUCUCUCAACAUGGAAAGAAAUUCUAUGGACGACUCUAUUCUCCGUUGUAUGCAUAGUGGCUUCUUAUGUUGGACCAUAUCUUAUUGAUCCCUUUGUAAUAUAUCUCAAUAGCUCUCGGAAAUCAAAAUAUAAAGGCUAUGUGCUAGUGUUUACUUUCUUUCUUUCAAAGCUCAUAAGGUGCCUCACAGAAAGGCAUUUGUUCUUCCAAUUACGAAAGAUGUCAGUUAAGGUCCGUGCUGCAUUGUUUUCAAUAAUCUAUAAGAAGAGUCUCAAAAUUUCAAGAGAAUCAAAGAAAAACCACACUAGCGGGGAGAACAUUAAUUUGAUGAGUGUUGAUGUUGAAAGGAUUAGCGUUUUCAGCUGGUACAUGCACAAUGUAUGGAGAGUGCCUGUUCAGUUUGUUUUGGCAUUGCUAUUCUUGUACAAUAGCUUUGGGCUCUCUUCAUUUGGAGCUUUUAUUGCCAUAAUAAUUUUUUCAUUAGCAAAUGGUCCACUGGCAAAACUACAGGAGAAAUUUCAAGGAGAAUUAAUGGAUUCAAAAGAUCGACGAAUGAAGGUGACAUCUGAGGCUUUGAGGAAUAUGAGGAUUCUCAAGCUCCAGGGCUGGGAGAUGAAGUUCUUGGCUAAUAUAAUUGAGCUCAGAAACGUUGAAACAAGAUGGUUAAAAAAGUUACUUUAUUCAUCAGCUAUGAUUUCCUUUGUCUAUUUAUCUGGUCCCAUGUUUGUAUCCAUGGCUACUUUUGGGUUUUGUAUGCUUAUGGGAAAUACACUAGGGUCAGGGAAGAUUCUAUCUGCAUUAGCAACAUUUGAGAUAUUACAAGUGCCCAUAUGUAUUCUCCCAGUCACAAUCUCCAUGGUAGUUCAAAGUAAAGUUUCCCUCGACAGGAUAGCUGCAUUCCUCUGUCUCGACGAUCUUCAUAUGGAUAUAGUAGAAAAGCUUCCAAGAGAUGGCACCGAGGUAGCAAUUGAAAUUGUCAAGGGAAAUUUCUCCUGGGACCUUCAUUCUCCUAAUCUUACCUUAAAUGAUCUUAAUUUCCAAGUAUGUCAUGGUAUGAGAGUGGCUGUUUGUGGUUCUGUUGGGUCAGGCAAGUCAACCCUACUUUCAUGCAUAUUGGGGGAAGUUCCGAAGGUUUCUGGAGUCGUUAGGUUGAAUGGGACGAAGGCCUAUGUUGCACAAUCACCUUGGAUACAGAGUGGUAAGAUAGUAGAUAAUAUAUUGUUUGGUAAGGAAAUGGAUAAAGAAAAGUAUGAGAUGAUCCUUGAAGCAUGUUCAUUAAAGAAGGACCUAGAAUUAUGUGUUUUUGGGGACCAAACUAUUAUAGGAGACAGAGGGAUCAACCUGAGUGGUGGACAAAAGCAAAGAAUUCAGAUUGCGCGGGCUUUGUACCAUGAUGCGGAUAUUUAUCUGUUUGAUGAUCCUUUUAGCGCUGUGGAUGCUCAUACAGGAACUCAUCUAUUUAAGGAGUGUUUGAUGGGAAUUUUGAAUUCAAAAACCGUUAUUUAUGUUACUCACCAAGUAGAGUUUUUAUAUCGGGCUGAUCUAAUCUUGGUCAUGAAAGAUGGAAGGAUUACUCAAGCAGGAAAGUAUGACGAAAUUCUUAGUUCCGGAACUAACUUUAUAGAGUUAGUGGGUGCACAUAAGAAAGCUUUGGCAGGUUUAAGUUCUAUUGGAAAUGGGGUUGCUUUGGAUAAUUUAAUGAAUGGUGAUGAAGAUGAUAAUAUAUGCGAAGAGCAGAAUAUUCAAGUUGAUGAAGAAAAGGAACCCAAAAACUACAAAACAGAAAAACUAGAUGGAUCAGAAGGACAACUUGUACAAGAAGAAAAGAGAGAAAAGGGUGGAGUUAGAUUUUCACUCUAUUGGAAGUAUAUUACUGCAAUACAUAAAGGGGCCUUUGUACCGUUGAUAUUGCUAGCACAAAUUCUUUUUCAGAUUCUCCUAAUAGCUAGUAAUUGUUGGAUGGUGUUGGCUACUCCUAUUUCAGUAGAUUCGGGACCUCAUGUUAGGGGAUCCACUCUCAUGAUCAUUUAUGCUGCUUUGACCCUUGGAAGCUCUCUUUGUGUCCUUAUAAGGUCGAUGCUCAUUGUAGUUGUUGGAUACAAGACCGCUACCAUGUUGUUCCAGAAAAUGCAUUUUUGCAUUUUUCAUGCUCCUCAAUCAUUUUUUGAUUCCACUCCAGAUGGAAGGAUUAUAAAUCGGGCUUCCAUGGAUCAAAAUGUAGUUGAUACCUCUAUUCCACUUCAAAUGGAAGAACUUCUUGUGUCAGUCAUAGAUUUUCUGGGAACUAUUGCAGUAAUGUCACAGGCUGCAUGGCAAAUGUUAAUAGUUUUUAUUCCAAUGACUCUGACUUGCAUUUGGUACCAGAAAUACUACAUAUGUACAUCACGAGAACUAUCAAGGUUAGGAGGAGUAUGUCAUGCUCCAAUUAUACAACAUUAUACUGAAUCAAGUUUAGGUUCAACCACAAUCAGGUGUUUUGAUCAAGAAGAUAGGUUCAUGGACACAAACCUCAAGCUGGUGGAUGGGUACUCCCGACCCAAAUUUCAUUUCUCAGGUGCAAUGGAAUGGUUAUGCUUCCGCAUGGAAAUGUUGGCAUCUAUCACGUAUGCCGUCUCUUUAAUUUUCUUGAUCUCAAUGCCAAAGGAAUUACUCAGUCCUGGUGUUGCGGGUUUAAUAGUCACAUAUGGGCUUGGUUUCAGUAUGUAUGGGGUUUUAUGGGAUCUUAGAACUCUUGAGAAUCAAAUUAUAUCUAUUGAGAGAAUAUUGCAAUAUGCAUGCAUCCCUAGUGAGCCCCCUCUGAUUGUAGAAGAAAAUAGGCCAAAUUAUGAAUGGCCAUCAAAAGGAAAAGUUGAUAUUGUUGAUCUCCAGGUUCGGUAUGCCCCACAACUUCCUCUUGUCUUACGAGGUAUCACAUGCACUUUCCAUGGAGGGAUGAAGAUUGGUAUUGUUGGACGAACGGGAAGUGGUAAAUCAACUCUCAUACAGGCUCUCUUUCGUAUGAUUGAACCUACAGCUGGUCGGAUUUUGGUAGAUGAUGUCAACAUUUCCAAGAUUGGCCUUCAUGACUUGCGGACAAGAUUAAGCAUCAUACCGCAAGACCCUACAAUGUUUGAGGGUACUUUAAGAAGCAAUCUUGACCCACUUAAAGAAUACAGUGAUGAACAGAUUUGGGAGGCUUUAGAUAAAUGCCAACUUGGCGAAGAAGUUAGAAAGAAAGAAGGGAAGCUUGAUUCUGAAGUUACUGAGAAUGGAGAGAAUUGGAGCAUGGGUCAAAAGCAACUAGUUUGUUUAGGACGGGUAUUACUCAAGAGUAGCAAAGUGAUAGUACUUGAUGAAGCUACUGCAUCAGUGGAUACUGGGACUGACUAUCUAAUUCAGCAAACACUUCUUCAACAUUUUUCAGAGUCUACUGUUAUCACAAUCGCACAUAGAAUAACAUCAAUUCUUGAUGUUGAUAUGGUCAUGCUUCUCGAUAAUGGCCUUGUAGUUGAAUAUGAUUCCCCAUCCAAGUUGCUAGAGAACAAGUCAUCAUCAUUUGCAAAGCUUGUUAAGGAGUAUACUCAAAGAUGUUGUUGCUAGUAUUUAAAAAGUCUAAUAACUGAAUUUAAAUGUUUAAAGUAAGUCGGCUGCAUUAAACUAAGGUUCAUUGCUAUUUUUGAGUAUGACAACACACUAUUGGGACGUCGAAGCUCCUUGUGAUCAUCUGAGUUGGCAUUGGUAUUCAGUUAAAGUAUUGGAGUAAGAAAAGAAGAUAAGAGGGGGAGAAGUAAUUUUUUCUUCAUGAAUGUUUAUAAACUUUGGGAGAAGUUUUAUUAGUCCAUCAGCAUUUUUAUAUUGUCACAAUUAUCUACCACAUGACAUAUUGUAUAGAACUACAAUUU